UGCGUAUUUUUGCACGUUUGCAUUUAUAUCCAAUUUGCUGUAUUUAUUAAAAGAAAUAAAAUAACUAAAAUGUGUGACGUUGCAGCAGUGCAGAAAAUUGCCAACUGUCUGGGUGUGCCAACAGGCAAGGUGCAACUCAAUGAGGAACAGGUCGUAACGCGCACAAGCGGCCAGAACAAAUUAGUUGCUGGCUUUACUACUAUACUCGAGAGUUUGGCGCGUGAAUCCAAGUCGGAGACGGCGCAGAAUAGCACUGUUUCCAGAGAAGUUCAGGCGCAAGUUUACCAAUGGAUUGAAUAUGCAGUGCUUUAUGUGGCGCCGGGCUCCAAAGACAAGCAUGUGUCCAAACAGUUGCUGGCGGACUUGAAUAAGCUAUUCAUAAGCAAAUCCUAUUUUGUGGGACAUUUUAUAACGUUAGCGGACUUGGCUGUAUACUAUGCCAUAUUCGAUCUGGUGAAAUCUCUAACGCCGAUGGAUAAGGAGAACUACUUGAACCUGUCAAGAUGGUUCGAUCAUCUGCAGCAACGUCCUGAAAUUCAACAGGGCGAGCCUUUGUUAAACUUCACCACCAUUUUUCUGCACAACUGGGCCACAGGCACACAUAUUUAAAGUACAGCUACAGGUUUUGAGAAACUUAAGUUAUUUAUUUCUAUUGUAUACCACACCAAUACAUCCAAACGUGUACUUGCUUCAAUGUUUGUGUGCGAGUGUAUAAAUAUUUUGUAAUGCCAAUCGCUGGAAUCGAAAAUAUCGUUACUGUAGACAUUUUUUGAGAAAUAUAAUUACAAGUGUGAUUGAG